GUCAUCAUCAGAGCUCGCAGAGUCCCCCUGCGUACUCGUCAGGACUGUCUCGAUCGCUGCACCGCUGCACCCCUUCAACAUGGACGCCGAGCAUCCGCAACUGUGGCUCAAGGUCGUGAACGUCCUGAGUUUCGUCAGCCUCAUCUCGACGCAUGCCUACUUUGCCCUGGCACGCACCCAGGAUGUCUACUCGCUGCAUCCGACGAACCUGACCCCGGCGCUGUGGGCGAGCUAUAUUUUGGCACCCAUAUACGCCCUGCUCGCUGCUCUGUUGGUUUGGCAGUUCCUGCAUUCGGCCCAGCCCAUUGUCCAGAAGGCCAUCGGCCCCUGGUUCGCCGUUAGCGCUGCCUCGAUCUCGCUCUGGUUUGUGGCCUGGACCGAGGACCAGCUCUUGGUGGCCUUCUUCCUGGCACUCGUGCCGUCGUUCUCGCUCUUCAUCAUCGCCCUCAACCUGAUCCAAAAGUUCCCCAACAAGAGCCUCGUCGAGACCGUGUUGGUGCACUGGCCCAUUUCGGCCCUGCAUGCCUGGCUGGUCUUUAUCAACUGGCUGACGCUGGCUGCCUUCCUGGCCACGCUGUGGAAGCGCCCCGAGGAAGACGAUGGAUCCGAAACCGGCUCGCAGUGGGAGGACUAUGUCUACGUGUAUGUUUGGCUGCUGUUCCAGAUCCCUGCUGCCAUCUUCUCCAAGAGCCGCAAGAUCGACGACCCCAUUGGAUUGCUGGUCACGGCCUGGACCGUCAUCACCGUGGCCCUCAACCAUCCGGGCGACUCCCUCAUUUAUUAUCCCGGCGUCGUCUGUGGCGUCGUCAUCAUUCUCUAUGCGCUCAAGUCGAUCUGGUCGCUGCGAAACCAGCCCAAGCUCGAGGAGGGAACCCCUGCUGAGCGGGAGCCUCUUGUUUGAUCUUAUCGGCGACCCGUUACGUUCGGCGCCGUCGUCGUUGUUGCUAUUUCAUUCCGCUUUUAUUCUUUUUUUUUUUACAUUGAAGUUCUUUUUUUUUCCAAUAUGCAAGCCUCGUCUCUCUCGCUCUCGCUCUUUUUUGGAACCUCUGUCGGGCCCCACAAGCGAUAUGCAAAUCGGCAUCAUUCGCAUCCUUCAAUUUCCCACGAGCUUGCAAACCCCCGCCCAAAGAACAGAAUCCCUUCUCCAGUUGUUUACUUCUGCCUUUGGUUGCUUCCUUUUCUUGUUCAGGAUUUGUCGAGCUGCCUGGAUGAGCAUUGACCACUCGUGAUUCCUCUCUAUAAGCCUAUCCGCCCACAGUCGUGUCGCUAUAUUGCUUUUGUCAUUGGAUUUCAAUCUAUAUGUAUCUUCCAUG